GUGAAAAAAAAAACACAUAUAAACACAAGCAUACAAUAAUUUUUACAUAUAGCAUUAAAUAUUUAUUUAUUAUUUAUUUAUUUUUUUAUCAAUACAUAUAAUUUAAAAAAAAUUAAAAAAUAAAAAAAUUUAAUCAAUAUAAAAGUCAUAAAUAUAAUAUAUAAUAUUAUACAGAAAAGAAAUGUCUAAUGAUAAAGAACCAUAUUCAAAAAAACCUGCUAAUACAGCAUUUAAGCAACAAAAAUUAAAAGCAUGGGAACCAAUUUUAACACCAGCUCCAGUAAUUAUAGCAUUUAUUGCAAUUGGUGUGGUAUUUGUAAUUAUUGGUGCAUUUAUGAUUAGCUCAACAAAUAAAGUUAUCGAACAUACAAUUAGAUAUGACGAUAUACCAGCAUGUCGUGAUAAUAUGGGUAUUGAUGGUAAAAACAAAUGUGAUAUAACAAUUAAUAUCCCAACACCAAUGAAACCACCAGUUUAUUUAUAUUAUAGAUUAGAUAAUUUCUAUCAGAAUCAUCGUAGAUAUGUAAAAUCAAGAAAUGACGAUCAAUUAAGAGGAAUUGUAGUUACUGAUUUUAAUAAACUAAAAGAUUGUGAACCAUUAAUUACAUCUGAUGGAGAAAAUUCCUCAAUUGAUAAAAUAUUGGUACCAUGUGGGUUAAUUGCAAAUAGUAAAUUUAAUGAUACAUUUUUAAUGUUCACUAAAAAUAAUACCUAUAUUAAUUUAAGAAAGAAAGGUAUUGCAUGGACAAGUGAUGUAGAAACCAAAUUUAAAGAUUAUCCAGCUAAUGGUACAGGUAUUAUUACAUUUAAUAAAUUCAGUGAUGAAGAUUUUAUUGUUUGGAUGAGAACAGCAGCAUUACCAGAUUUUAAGAAAUUAUACAGAAUUUAUGAUGGUCCAGAGCCUUUAACUGAUUCAGUCAGAGUAGAAAUUACCAAUUAUUACCCAGUUCAAUCAUUUAAUGGAAAGAAGUAUGUUGUUUUAUCAACUGCCAGUUGGAUGGGUGGAAAAAAUCCAUUCCUUGGUUAUGCCUAUAUUAUUGUUGGAAUUAUAUGUUUUGUUCAAGGAGUAGUAUUUUUAGUUAAACAUUAUGUUUCCCCAAGAAAGAUGGGUGAUAUGAAAUAUUUGGAUUGGAACGCAAAUAAAUAAAAUCGAAACAAUAUUUCAUACUUUAUUCAAUAUAUCAAGUAACAAUAAAUAAAAACUUUUUUAAAAAAAAAAUAGAAAAAAAAAAAAAAAAAUUUGUAAAAUAAACUUUAUAUUAGUAUUUAAUCAUUCUUUGAUAAU